AUGGGAACCGGCACUGGGCUAGACCACGGCAACCACGGCAACCACGGCGACCACGGCACCACGGCUUCGUCUCGCAGUGCUGGAAAGGACCGUCCCCCCCAGAAGGGACGCCCCCAAGAGGAACGGCACCCUUGGCGGAAGCCGUUCGAAAAGGGGAUCCGCCAUCUUCCGUCACGGUCGCCAACACGCCACGAACGCGUUAUUGAUGCUGAGAUACAGCGCAGGGCAGCGCCGGGCAUCGCAGGGCACCCUUCCCUGCCACCACUGAGCUCUUUCACUCUAAUUGGGGGUGAUGAGCUCUUGGCAGUUGGCUCCGACCUCUCGCGACACGUCCGGCUCUUUGGCCAAACGGCCGCGGAGGCGUCGAACCCGAGCGGCGAGCAGCAGCUCCUCCGUGAGCCGAGCCCUCCUGGCGAGGGCCUCGCGGUGGCCGUGCGUGUGAAAGAGGGAUUAGAACCCAUCUCUCCCUCGCCGCACUCCUUCUUGCGGCGACGCCAGGAGCCCGACUUCCAGUGGAACAAAGUGAUCCAGGUGGCUCUGAACUCCGGUGAACUUCAGGAUCAAACCUCGGGAAACAAGCUUGAUGGAUCUGUGCUCUUCGUCCUCAUCGCUGCCGUCCUCUUUGCCUUUGUCUUCUUCUCCGAGCAUCGACGUGCGGAAGACAGCAAUGACCUCCCGUUCAGGGUACGUACCAUGAUCGAGGAGAGGGGUCAGUGGGGCAACAAGCUGGAGUUCAUGAUGACCGUGGCCGGAGCCAUCAUCGGUCUGGGCAACGUGUGGCGCUUCCCGUACCUGUGCUACAAGAACGGCGGAGGGGCGUUCUUCAUCCCCUACGUUGUGUUCCUGUUCACCUGCGGAAUCCCCCUCUUCCUCCUUGAGACGGCUCUGGGGCAGUUCACCAGCCAGGGGGGCAUCACCUGCUGGAGGAGCAUCUGCCCCCUGUUCGAAGGGAUGGGCUACGCCAGCCAGCUCAUCGUGUUCUACGGCGCCAUCACCUACAUCAUCAUCCUGGCCUGGUCCUUCUUCUACCUCUUCUCCUCCUUCAGCCCGGAGCUGCCGUGGGCCAGCUGCGGAAACUACUGGAACACAGCUGCCUGUGUGGACUUUGACAAACGGAGCGAAAUGUCCAACUGGACGGUCCCACCGAACGCCACUCUGCCGGUCAUGGAGUUCUGGAACGGACGAGUCCUGAACAUCUCUGGAGGCAUCGAGGAGCCAGGCAGCGUGCGCUGGGAGCUCGCCCUCUGUCUCUUGCUCUCCUGGACCAUCUGCUACUUUUGCGUGUGGAAGGGUGUGAGGUCCACCGGCAAGGCGUCCUACUUCACGGCCACCUUCCCCUACGUCAUGCUGGUGGUGCUGCUGGUCCGAGGGGUCACCCUGCCGGGCGCUCUGGACGGCAUCGUCUUCUACCUGUACCCCAACCCCAGCCGGCUAGCUGACCCCCAGGUGUGGAUGGACGCUGGCACUCAGAUCUUCUACUCCUACGCCAUCUGCCUGGGCUAUCUGACGUCUCUCGGCAGCUACAACAAGUACAACAAUGACUGCUACAAGGACUCCUUCUACCUGUGCCUCCUGAACAGCGGGACCAGCUUCGUGGCCGGAUUCGCCAUCUUCUCUGUGCUGGGCUUCAUGGCCCGGGAGCAAGGAGUGGACAUCUCUCAGGUGGCCCAGUCAGGCCCCGGACUGGCGUUCAUCGCGUACCCGCGGGCCGUCGCCAAGAUGCCGGUGCCGCAGCUGUGGGCCGUUUGCUUCUUCAUCAUGAUCAUCCUGCUGGGCAUCGACAGCCAGUUUGUGGGUGUCGAGAGCCUCAUGACCUCCGUGACGGACAUGUUCCCCACGCUGAUCCGCAGAGGUUACCGCAGGGAGCUGCUGCUGCUGCUGCUGUGCUCCGUGUGCUUCCUGCUGGGGCUCCUGCUCGUCACACAGGGUGGCCUGUACCUCCUGCAGCUCUUUGACCACUACGUGUGCAGUGGGGCCACCUUGCUCUUCCUGUCCAUCUGCCAGAGCAUCUGCAUCGGCUGGGUGUACGGCGCGGACCGUUUCUACGGCAACAUCGAGAACAUGAUUGGGUACCGACCCCGAGCCCUGGUCAAGUACUGCUGGCUGUACCUCAUCCCGGUCAUCUGCACAGGGACCUUCAUUUUCUCCCUGGUCAGACACACUCCUCUGAAGUUCAACAAGAGCUACUCGUACCCAGGCUGGGCGUACGCGCUGGGCUGGUUCCUGGCCGUGUCCUCGCUGUCCCUCAUCCCGCUCACCAUGCUGUACAAGGUGGCCCGGGCCCAGGGGACGCUGUGCCAGCGUCUCAGCCAGGCGUGCCGGCCGAGCGAAGAGCUGCCCUCGAACCGGGAGCCCGGCAAGGAGGCCGUUCCUCUGAAGACCCGGCCCUGCUCUGAGAACGAUCCCGAACACAAGUGA